GCGAUAUCCUCGUGACAGCAGUUUUGCUUUUGCUCCUUGCCUUGAGGCGGCGCCCGCAGCUCGAACGCUCCGCCCUCGUAGCCGACGCCAAGGAAGCUUCGCACGUACCUAGCCCACGCACCGUUCGCGCCUCUGUACAGCCAUCGCAUUCAUAUCCACAUCCGCAAUGAACUGGGCAGCGUCCACAACCUUGAAGCCCACGGGCCUCGCAUCGAACAACUAUGGCAGCAUGGGCAAUCUGCAGCCGAUUCCAGAAGAAGACGAAUCGAGCGGCAUUAGAUCGCCGCUUCCGACCAAGUGGAAGCCCAUCGAGCGCGAAAUCAAGCCGCAGUACUAUGUCAUGAAGAGCACGGCGCCAACCGCCAAGCUCAACCCGCGGGCCAUCUUUAUGGUCUUUUCGCUGCCCGCGAUUUUGUUUCUCUUCUUCCUCUUCAUCUUCAUCUUGCGCGCAAAUGCACCACUGCCCGUCAUGCUGUGGCGGGACUGUGCUCGUGGGCAGUGGCCCAAGUCGGAUGCGUGCCUCCCGACCAAAACGCUCGCUUUCCGCGCAACGACAGUUGUUCAGAACCUCACGUGGUCCGAGAAGCUCACGCAGUGCCAGCUCCGCGACAACGCACUACCUCGCCUCAACAUCUCGAGCUUCCCAUACUGCCAAGAGUCGAUGUUCAAGCAGCUCAUGCAAUUGCACCCGACCGAGUUUGCGCCCAUUGACAUGAAGGCGUCGUGCAAGCAGUUCCACCUCCGCACAUACACGCCGAUCACGACACUUCGGGGCUGCAAGAACGUCAUCAAGAGCCUCGUCGAAGACGGACUCCUCCUCUCACUGUACCCGUCCGAGCUCGCCGUCUGCGCCAAGUACCCGUACACGGCGUACGAAGUCGCGGCCCUCGACGACAUUCUCGUGCGCCUCCUUGCCGGUCGGAUUCUCGCCGACGAGUCGCAUGAAGUGCGGGCCGGUGGUAUCAUCCUCGGCGGCCCCGAAAGCUUCCAUGCUGGCAUUCCCAAGAAGUACGGCAUUGACUCGUAGUUAGCUUCCGCAUAAUUUAUCGCUUAACCGCAGCCGCCUUGCUGCGGUCCAUUUUGUCGCCUCCA